AGUGGUGUGAUCUAUGGUGUAUCAAAACACGCGACGAUGAAGUGACAAUUUCACGAAUAUCGUACUCACGAUCGAGCGUGACAUAUUUUCGCGAUUGACGUAUUACGAUAAGGGAAAUUGCUGGACGUUAUUGUUGGAACCAGAACGUUAAAAUCUCCCUCGUAUUCUCAUCGCACCGAGGAUACUAUGUCUAUGUAUGACAACUAAGAAUGAUAAAUUGCAUAUCUAUACAAACAUGAGGAUUGUUUAAAUGAUUAUUAUAGAUGUUCUGAAUUCUCAUUUGGUGAGAGUUUGACUUAUGUGAAUUUUAAAAAUGCCACAAGGAGAUGGUGCUGCUAAUGCAGCACCUAGUAACCAAAAUGUUGCAAUGCCGCAUAAUUUCCAUGGUCUUGCUGGUGUAAUAGGACCGGUUUUAAAUAAUAAUAUCAAUAAUAUCAAUAUAGCUAGAAAUAAUAAUAAUCAAAAUCCACUUAUUAAUAUUCGGGAUAGAUUGUUCCAUGCACUAUUUAUCAAAGCAGCAUUAGGUUAUGCACGUGUAUUUCCAAAGCCUGUCAGGAGACUCAUUGAAUUUUUAGUUCUAUUAAAGGCUAUAUUGGCAUUUUUUGUACUGGCUUAUAUCCACAUAGUAUUUUCACGUGCACCAACUAAUUGCUUAGAACAUAUAAGAGAUGAAUGGCCAAGAGAUGGUAUACUAAGAGUUGAAAUUCUCAGGAAUGGUGAUGAUGAUUAUAGUAUAGAGGAAAGCUAUGCCAAAGAGGAAAAAUUGAGACAAGAAAAAGUUGAUGAUUUAACUAAUGCUUUAGGAAUGUUAACCAGAGAUGGAUUUAUAAAUAUUGAACCUUCGGCUGUUGAUGAAAUUCGGGACACGGUGAAUGUUUCUGAUGAAGAAAAUCUUGACAAUUUAACAUUAUCUCAAGAUAUAAUAAGUGCCACAGCCCUCGGAGAGAUACAAGAUCCUUUGAGCACGACAAAUACAACAAUGGGUUCGACAUUACCGACUAAGCUUUGGAAUGACUUAAAUAAAGCUAAAAAACCGUCACCCAAUGAAAAAUCAUCUUUUGCAAGUACGAAAAGUAACUCUUCAAAAGUUCCUCGAGUUGAUCAGUUAAAUAAAGAUCAUGCGCCUUUAAGAGAUCAGGAUAAAGUAUCAGAAGACGAAUAUAUCGUGGAAUAUUCAUUGGAGUAUGGUUUUCUGCGAUUAUCACCUGCGGCUCGACAAAGACUAAAGAUUCCAGUCAAAAUAGUGACUUUAGAUCCGUCGAACGACAAAUGUUUUGGUGAUAGAUUUUCAAGAUACAUAUUAGAUGAGUUUUUGGGUUAUGACGAUUUACUGAUGGCGAGUAUCAAGACGUUGGCCGAACAGGAAGACAAUAAAGGUUUUUUGCGCAACGUCGUGACGGGAGAACAUUAUCGAUUUGUGAGCAUGUGGAUGGCACGAACAUCGUACUUGGCUGCGUUUUUUGUUAUGCUUGUAUUUACGGUUUCGAUUUCGAUGUUGCUACGUUAUUCACAUCAUCAGAUCUUCGUCUUUAUCGUUGAACUCAUACAGAUGCUGGAGUUCAAUUUAACCGUGUCGUUGCCAGCCGCCUCUCUGGUGACGGUAAUUCUGGCGCUAGUGGGAAUGGAAGCUCUCAUGUCUGAAUUUUUCAACGACACAACUACCGCGUUUUACAUCAUCCUGAUAGUUUGGCUCGCCGAUCAAUACGACGCCAUCUGUUGUCACACAUCGCUCACAAAGAGACACUGGUUAAGAUUCUUUUACCUGUACCACUUUUCUUUCUACGCGUACCAUCAUCGAUUCAACGGACAGUACAGCAGUCUGGCGCUCGUCACAUCCUGGUUCUUCAUACAGCACUCGAUGCUGUACUUUUUCCAUCACUACGAGCUACCGGUAAUUCUGCAACAGGUGCAGCUGCAGCAGUUUAUAUUUCGCAGCAACACACAUCCACCACAGGCGCAACAACAGGCACAGCAGCCACAACCGGCAACGUCCAGAUCAGCUCCGACAACUCCAGGUCCGAGAUCGUCGCCGUCGAGGACAACGACGACGACAACAACGACGACGACGACAGCCUCGCCUUCGUCGGACGUGGCACCGAUUUCCACAACGAUGUUGAGGACGCAGCAGAAUUACAUCAACGAGCUCUCUCAGCUCGAUCCGGAUCCCGACGAAAGUUCGGAAGAACGACCCGCAACUGCCGAACAAUUGUCGUUCGCGACAGCUGAUGACAAUUCUGUUCGAGAGUCGGCGAACGGAGAGUUGGCAGAACCGUCGGUAUCCUCAGGUUCAUCUUCGGCAACCUCGUCAACCAGCGAUUCCGUCUCUCCCGACGGCUUCGAGGUGAUCGAGACCGCCGAGGCGAUGCGCAAAGAAGCGACGUCCGUAGACGAGAAGAAGGAACAGUAGACAUUUGAUCUUUUGCCGUCACUAUGUCGAGCAAGUGCGCUCAAGAAGAAGCAGAGAGAACGCGAUUUCCGCGCGCGACUGCUUCCGGUGAUUUCUUUAUACAUCGUUGUGGAAGCUGCACGCGAGUGGAAGAUGGAGGCAAUUUUCUCUUGUCAUGGAUCAAAACUUAAUUGUAAAAUAAUAUUUUUCCUUAUGUAAAAAGAACGGACAAAGUUUGUUCGAUUUCAACGAAGACAAGCUUAAUAUAUAUGUGUAUAUAUAUACACAUAUGUAUAUAUAUAUAUAUACACACAUAUGUAUAGAGAAAAAUCGGUUUCUUUGAGAUUGGUAUAUCGAUAGGUAUCCGCGCUUCGAGGGGUUCAGAAACCAACCAACAGGGACGAACGAAAAGACGAAGAUUUGUGCCAGUUACCUUCCUUAAUGAAUACUUUUAAUCAAUUUUUGAAUUUCAGAAAAACACACAAUGCGGGAUUGUAUUUGGAUAGAGAGUUAUGUAUAAUUUGUUGUCGGAGAUACAACAGUUUUUUUGUUGGAAGGCACAUAAACAACAACGUUAAUUUCUCACGAAUGUGAAGAAAGAAGACACGAUGUUUUUUCUCACAUCGUGUUUUUUUUUCUCAUUUAGUUUAUCACAUUUGCGAACUUAUUAACUACAUUUGUGUACGAUACGAUAAAUUGUUUUGCAAAAUUGAUUCGCACGUGCACACAUUUGUUUUGUGAUGCAAUCCGAUACGUGUUGCGGCGCGAAAGAAGCAUCGAAGAUGCGCUUCGGUUUACGCUAUGCGCGCGAUUACGGAAAAUUUAUAAUUUAGGCUCGGUUGAAGGAUUGAAUCGUGCAAACGAACAAUUCGAACAUUGACGAAUAUUAUAAUUGGCGAUGUCUGUGACAAAAGAAGAGCAAGUUGUUCGGAUCGUUCGAUUAAUCGUAAAAAUUUUCGAGCCGUAAUUAUAAUUAAGAGCAAAUCACCAAAAGUUUCUCUGAAGAAAAAGUCUAUUUGCUUCAGACAAAUUGAAAUGGUGUUCGCACUUAUCUUCGCGUUCUCUUCGUCACUUGAAGACAUUGAAAAAAAAAAAGCAUCUGUCGGCGAAAUCGGUAAGAUAUUGGCGCAAACGAGUCAGUGCCUUCGUUGGACCGCUCUCCUUCACACACUUGUUUUCGCUUCUUUUUUGUAGUUUACGAAUAGAAAUAAUACUUUUCUCUCGCACGCGGAUGCAGAUUUUCACACUGAACAAAACAUCUCGAUGAUAAAAAGAAAUCUGACAUGAUUAACGAAACGGUGAACAUCGUUAUGUGCGAUCGAUGUAGUUUUUUUUUUUUUUUUGACCACUGUGUUUAGUUUUCGCAAUCAAUUUCAGAAAUCUUUCUCAGUUUACUUGACUACGUAAGAAUUUUCUCUUUGUGUAAAUUCGUACGCAGUCAAUCCGUGAUAUAUCGUUUUAUAUCGGACUUUGCAUUGUUAUUUUAUUAUGUUAAUUAGAACUUUCUCUCGAGAAUGUUUUGCUCAAUCUGUAGAUAAUGCUGAUAACUUCUUAUGUUUUAUUUUAGAAUUUAACCAAUUGGGUUAACGCAGGAUUAAUCACAUGCUGCAAUUUACGGUGUAAAAAUGUUGGGAUUUUUGUAUAAGUAAUGUAAGUAAUAUAAUUGAUAAACAAUAUUUUAUCCGAUUAGUGGCACAUGUACAAUUGGUGUUGAUCGUGUAAAAUCGCGAGAUAAAAAAAAACAAAAAAACAAAAAAACAAAAAAAAAUUGUUUCUGACGAAAUCGCCGAUGUCGCGUCUUUUUGACCUUGAUGCGUCGUUACCUAGGAUCAACGAUACUUACGCAAUGUGAAAGCUUAUUGUAUGAUAUGUAUGUUUUUUCUCUCGGGGUCUCAUGUGUGUGACGUUUGACGUUUGAUAUAGAAAAUGUGAUAAUUUUAAUAUAUGAAGAUCACAGGGAGAAGAACUUGAUAUAAGUCAAAUUUUUGUAAUUUUAGAGGAGAGCGAUUUUAAAGUUCGAAACGUACAUGUAUUUCUGUGUUACACGUUUCAUAAAAAUAUUUAUAUCUCGGAAUCUAUCAAAAAUUUCCCUUUUUUUCGCUUUGUGGAUAAUUGAAAUAUCCCAUUUUAAUUAUCAAAUAACAUCAAAAACAGAGAAUCGAAAAAAAUUGACUUAUCGAAUUCUUCUUCUGUGAUCUUCAUAUUGUUGGCAAAUCGAAGAAACGGCAUGUUGUAGUUUGUUACCGUUACGUUGAUUCGUGAACCGCGAACGCGCGCAUACAAAUUAAUGUAAUGUAAACUGUCAACCGUGAGAGCGCGUGAACUUAUUAAUGUAAACUCUGCCGAUUUGGCACACACACACACACACACACAAUAACACACACACACACACAUCAUCCGCAGCACAUUGUAAAAUGUAUGUAAUUAAGGAUUGUAUUAUUUGCGAGCGUGCGGGACGUGAUAUGAUGAUGAUGAAAAAAAGAACCAUUAUUGCGCGAAAUUUGUACGGAUGUGCCCAGUGAUGACAGGUACAAAGAGAAGAAAACAGGUAGAACAAAAAAAAAAAAAAGAAAAAGAAAAAAAGAGUUACUACUAAAAGAGUAUAUAUAUACAUAUGUAUAGACCGAUAUUGCCGUUUUAUUGCCUUUCCUCUUCUCCCUGAGUCACAUUUGUCGAUUGAUCACGCACGUAUUAAAUAAUGCUGCUUUUUUCCAUUAUUUGCAUCAUUUGCUUAGUUUCGGAUCUUCCGGAUUUGUCAUUUAUUUUAGUUGUACAUAUUAUCAAAUAU